AUGUUGGCUACUAUUGCAUUUGUUGUUUUUAAUCUGCUUCUUGGCGACGUUUCAGUUAAUGCUGUGGAUUACGAUGUCCGAAAAUUGGAAACAGAAUCGUCGACAUCUGGUUUCCUAUCCUCAAACUUUGGCCUAAAGCCUCUAAUCACCAACAACAACCAACCCUUCCAAUACACACCGACUGUUUACCUGAACCAGUUCAGUUUCAAAGAAAAUGGAGUUUUGUUCGCUUUUUUUGCACACUGGCGAUCAUCUGACCUCUUACAAGUUCAAAUUUGGAGGCCCGAUUCUUCUAUGACGGGUCAAAAAGAGGGCGAGGUUUAUUAUAAAUUUGUGUCAGAGGUCAAAGUUCAACCGGAUGUGGUUAAAGAUACGCAAACGGUCUAUAUAGUAAGCUCGCUCAACCAAAAAUGUCUCGCAGUGCAACCAGGCGAUCGACUCGGCUUCUACAUAGACGUUAACACGAUGUCGUCCUUUUCAUACGCCUAUGAUGACAACCUUCAAACAUCUAAAAUUUUUACAAACGCUGACGUGUUGAGCAGCGAUACUGUCUACGGGUUUCAGACUGUUAAAUUUGUGGAAAGGGCCUUCCCUUAUAGACUGAAUAUUAUUGCUUAUUAUUACAGAGCCCUAGACCAACCAAAUUCUGAAAGACAAGUGGACUGCCCAAAGAACUUAGUGAUAACCAACAACACCAUCACAACAACCCUUCCUCCUUUAAUACCUGGAGAUAAGGGGCCCGUCGGUGACAGAGGGCCCAAGGGAGAACAAGGAAUCGUAGGGCCUCGAGGUUCUCUGGGUUACACUGGCGACACUGGAUCGACCGGGUCAAGAGGUGAAGGGGGGUAUAAAGGCUCGACCGGACCAACCGGAUCGUCAGGUUUCACUGGAUAUCCUGGUGAAAAAGGAUCGACCGGAGUGCGUGGAGCCCAGGGCAGUACGGGAAAUACCGGAUCGACCGGAGGUACGGGGGCUACAGGGCCGCAAGGGCCUCCCGGAUUUUUAAUUGUUAUCAAUUCGUCUGGGGAUGACCAUGGUCAGGGCAGUACUACUAGCAGAAGUUUCCUGCCAUCCAUUCAAAAUUCAAAAUUUUCUUUUGAAAAUUUUAAAGUGCUGCUGCAGCUAGUGGACGACAUGUCAACAUCGCCAGCAGGCGGCAUGUUCGCCACGAAGUGGAAAUCCGAAUCAUUCUCAAUUGGUCUGCUCAUCUGGUUCUCAAUUCUCAGCGCUCUUGUUAUCAUCUACUCAUUAAUCCUCAUAGCAGAAUGUGUAAAAUUGAAAACAAAAUCAUCGAAACGAACAAAUUCAAAAGUCUCGCCAAUGAAUACAAUAGGUCCAGACGCCUGGAACACCCUGGACACCAAUGCUUCAUCAGUGCUGGAGUUCUCGACUCCAACAGUUGCAUCAACUUACCCGUCCAAUAAGCAUAAUUUAACAGCCGGUAGUGGAUCCUUCACAAACCGAACAUACGGAAAUUGGACUGAUGUCCCGGAUUACGAUGUCGAUACGAUGAAUGGGGUGAAUGAUGAGCAUCUGAGGUCAAUGAAGGAAGAUUCGUUUAAGGAUUACAAGCUAGACACCAUUGGGGAAUGAUGAUCUCGAUGAGUUGGAGAGGGUUGUAGCUCUCUAAGUUAUUCAGCUGUGAGUUUGUCUCAAAGAUUUUAUGCUGCUACUAUUUGUUUGAACAACUUUUUAAAUAUAUUUAGUGUAGUUAGCUGAAUUUUUUUGUUUAGUUGAUGUUGAAACAGAACAACAACGACCAUUUUAUUCGUAUAAAACCUCAAAUGUUGAAAAACUGAUCGGAACGUCUUUCGAUUUAAUUCUAGAAUUUGCAAAAAAAUCAUAGAAACAGCA